AUGUGUGUAGAUCGACAUAUUGAUAAAGUCAUGAAUCCACAACCGCCAGAAUUGAUACAACAAAAUCAGUUGCGGCUCAAGGCUACUAUAGAGGUUGUAAGAUUGUUAGCAAAGCAAGCACUUGCUUUUAGAGGUGAUGAUGAAUCUGCUGAGUCAUCUAAUCAUGGAAAUGUUAUUGAGGUGGUGGAUUCCUAUGGGAGAAUGAAUGAGGAAGUUGCAAAACUCACCUUAGAAAAAUGCCCCCCGAAAUGCUACUUAUACUUCACCAAGGAUUCAAAAAGAAAUUCUGAGUUUGUUCGUGAACGAUUAUUACAUGUUGUAAGUGUUAGCGAUACUUGUGCUGCGACUCUUAAGAGUAAGAUAGACAAUGUUCAUACUGAAUACAAUCUUCAAGUUGAAAAUUUGCGUGGUGAAGAAUAUGAUGGUGCUAGCAACAUGCGUGGUGAGUGGAAUGGAUUGCAAGCACUAUUUUUGCAAAAGUGUCCAUAUGCAUAUUAUCGUGUUUCUGAGUUAAAAUCUAUUCAAGAAGUUGAAGUUGUGGAACAAAUUGCUGUUGGGGAACUUGAAACUAGAAAGGGAGCUAAUCAGACAUGCAAUUUGCAAAGAGCUGGAGAUAAUGGACUCAAUGGAAAAAUACGUGGAAAGGCUUUGGGUGCUUUUAAAGCUCUAAGAUCAUUUGACUUUGUAUUUUGCUUAUUGUUGUUGGACAAAACUAUGGGAAUCACAAAUGCUCUUUAUAAGUCAUUGCAAGAACAGUCUCAAGAGAUCACAAAUGCUAUGAAUCUAGUUUCUAGUAUGAAGGGUCGUCUUAAAAAGUUGAGAGAAGAUGGUUCGGUUGAUUUCUUUGCUAGUGUUGUAUCGUUUUGUGACGCACAUUCAAUUGAUGCUCUAGAUAUUAGUGCUCGCCAUAUGCAAGGUACUGGUCGUCUUUCUCAACAACAAAAUUGUGUCACUAUUGAGCAUUAUUAUCAUGUUGAAAUAUUAAAUGCCGUAAUUGAUUUUUAA